ACCAUGGCUGACAGAGCUGCUGCUGAACGGGCUUGUAAAGACCCCAACCCCAUCAUCGAUGGCAGGAAAGCCAACGUGAACCUGGCGUACCUGGGUGCCAAGCCGCGGAUAAUGCAGCCAGGUUUUGCCUUUGGUGUCCAGCAGCUUCAUCCAGCUCUCAUACAGAGGCCUUUUGGGAUACCUGCUCACUAUGUCUAUCCACAGGCUUUUGUCCAGCCUGGAGUGGUAAUUCCCCAUGUUCAGCCCGCAGCAGCCGCUGCUUCCACUACGCCUUACAUCGAUUACACCGGAGCUGCAUACGCCCAGUACUCGGCCCCCGCG